GCGGUGGCGACAGCGGUGGCGGCUUCCGGAGUCCCGCCGCGAAGAUGCUCAAAGUCACGGUGCCCUCGUGCUCUGCCUCGUCCUGCUCUUCGGUCACUGCCAGUGUGGCCCCAGGGGCCGGGAGCCUCAUCCCGGAUUACUGGAUCGAAGGUUCCAACAGGGAUGCUUUGAGCGAUUUCUUCGAGGUGGAGUCGGAGCUGGGACGGGGUGCUACAUCCAUUGUGUACAGAUGCAAACAGAAGGGGACCCAGAAGCCUUAUGCUCUCAAAGUGUUAAAGAAAACAGUGGACAAGAAAAUUGUAAGAACUGAGAUAGGAGUUCUUCUUCGCCUCUCACAUCCAAACAUUAUAAAACUUAAAGAGAUAUUUGAAAGCCCUACAGAAAUCAGUCUGGUCCUAGAACUGGUCACAGGAGGAGAACUGUUUGACAGGAUUGUGGAGAAGGGGUAUUAUAGUGAACGAGAUGCUGCAGACGCUGUUAAACAAAUCCUGGAGGCAGUUGCCUACCUACAUGAAAAUGGGAUUGUCCAUCGUGAUCUCAAACCAGAGAAUCUUCUCUAUGCAACUCCAGCCCCAGAUGCACCACUCAAAAUAGCUGAUUUUGGACUCUCUAAAAUUGUGGAACAUCAAGUACUCAUGAAGACAGUGUGUGGAACCCCAGGGUACUGCGCACCUGAAAUUCUUAGAGGCUGCGCCUAUGGACCUGAGGUGGACAUGUGGUCUGUAGGAAUAAUCACCUACAUCUUACUUUGUGGAUUUGAACCAUUCUAUGAUGAAAGAGGUGAUCAGUUCAUGUUCAGGAGAAUUCUGAAUUGUGAAUAUUACUUUAUCUCCCCCUGGUGGGAUGAAGUAUCUCUAAAUGCCAAGGACCUGGUCAGAAAACUAAUUGUUCUGGAUCCUAAGAAACGCCUGACUACCUUCCAAGCUCUCCAGCACCCAUGGGUCACAGGUAAAGCUGCCAAUUUUGUACACAUGGAUACUGCUCAAAAGAAGCUCCAAGAAUUCAAUGCCCGGCGCAAGCUCAAGGCAGCAGUGAAGGCCGUAGUGGCCUCUUCCCGGCUGGGGAGCGCCAGCAGCAGCCACAGCGGCAUCCAAGAGAGCCAGAAGGCUAGCCAAGCAUCAUCUCUGACCCAGGAUGGCAGUGAAGAUGUUAAAGCUAUUUUGGAAGGAGAGGAAGUUCAAGGAGGUGGGGCCCAAGUGGCAACUGAGGGGGCAGAGGCUGAGCUGAUGAAGGUACAGGCCAUAGGGGAAGUAAAAGAUGCUGAUAGAAAUGCUACCAACAUGGUGCCCAAGGCACUAGAGGAUAGGAUAAAGGUGGCUGACCUGGAAAUAGAGGAGGGCCUAGCAGAGGAGAAGCUGAAGACCAUGGAGGAAGCAGCAGCCCCCAAAGAGGGGCAAGAAAACCCAGCUCUGGGAUUUGGAGCUCAGCAAAAUGAUGUGGUCCUGCCAGAGUACUGAUCUGGUUUCUUCUCAAUCUAGAAGUCAAAUUCUGGCAUCUUACGCAUUUUGUCCUUCAGCAAGGAAGGUGUGGAAGCAUGAUAUGCACUAUAGUGAUUCUGUUUUUUGAGGUGCAAAAAAAAAUACAUAUCUAUCAGUUGGUAAUCCUAAAUUCAUGCAUGUGACUGCUUUAUGAAAAAAUAGUGUCUUCUAUGGUAUGCAACGGAUACCUAAUGCCGAGGAGUUAAAUUUGAAAUCACAAGUAAAUACAACAUAACAUUUAAAAACAUACAUGUUCAGGGACCAGUAGUACACAUUGAAGUAACUAGUAAAUUGUUAUUGCUUUGAAAACCUAGUCAUCAUAUAUCCUUUGGAUUUCUUCAUAAAGCAGUAAUUCCUUUCAACUCUCGCUUCACUAAUACUAGGUAGUGCUCUAAGAUGUGUCCCAUUGCAUUCACGACAUCAUACUUUUCAAAUGUGUUCAGACUAUCCAAUGUGUUCAAACUGUUUACAAGGAGAUGGUUACAGGCUACAGUUUCAUGAUACAUACAAAAAAAA